GCAGCGCUCACCUCCCUCCGCCUCAGACUGUUUUGGUAGCAACGGCAACGGCGGCGGCGCGUCCCGGCCCGGCUCCCGGCAGCUCCUCGGAUUCGGCGGGCCUCCCCGCCCAUUCGUCGUUCUCCUUCUCCCCCUCGCUGGCCCGGGCGCCCCCCCGGCCGCGCUAACCCGCGCCUCCCCGUUCGGCGCCCGCGCGUCCCCGCCGCGCUCCGGCGUCUCCUCGGCGCGCCCGGCUCCCGGCUGUCCCCGCCCGGCGUGCGGGCCGGUGUAUGGGCCCCUCACCAUGUCGCUGAAGCCCCAGCAGCAGCAGCAGCAGCAGCAGCAACCACCCGCGGUCGCCAAUGCCCGCAAGCCCGGUGGCGGCGGCGGCGGCGGCCUUCUCACGUCGCCCGCCGCCGCGCCGUCAUCGCCUUCAGUCUCGUCGUCUUCGGCCGCGGCUUCAUCCUCCUCGGUGGCGGCGAGCGCUGGCGGCGGGCGGCCGGGCCUGGGCAGAGGCCGAAACAAUAACAAGGGACUGCCUCAGUCUACGAUAACUUUUGAUGGAAUCUAUGCAAAUAUGAGGAUGGUUCAUAUACUUACAUCAGUUGUUGGAUCCAAAUGUGAAGUACAAGUGAAAAAUGGAGGUGUAUAUGAAGGAGUUUUUAAAACAUACAGUCCUAAGUGUGAUUUGGUACUUGAUGCUGCACAUGAGAAAAAUACAGAAUCCAGUUCUGGGCCAAAACGUGAAGAAAUAAUGGAGAGUAUUCUGUUCAAGUGUUCAGACUUUGUUGUGGUACAGUUUAAAGAUAUGGACUCCAGUUAUGCAAGAAGAGAUGCUUUUACUGACUCUGCUAUCACUGCUAAAGUAAAUGGUGAACACAAAGAAAAGGACUUGGAACCCUGGGAUGCAGGUGAACUCACUACCAACGAGGAACUAGAAGCUUUGGAAAAUGACGUUUCUAAUGGAUGGGAUCCCAAUGAUAUGUUUCGAUAUAAUGAAGAAAAUUAUGGUGUAGUGUCUACAUAUGAUAGCAGUUUAUCUUCAUAUACGGUGCCCUUAGAAAGGGAUAAUUCGGAAGAAUUUUUAAAACGAGAAGCAAGAGCAAACCAAUUAGCAGAAGAAAUUGAAUCAAGUGCCCAGUACAAAGCCCGGGUGGCCCUGGAAAAUGAUGAUAGGAGCGAAGAAGAAAAAUACACAGCAGUUCAGAGAAAUGCCGGUGAACGUGAGGGUCACAGCACAAACACUAGGGAAAAUAAAUACAUCCCUCCUGGACAAAGAAAUAGAGAAGUCAUAUCCUGGGGAAGUGGAAGGCAGAAUUCACCGCGUAUGGGCCAGCCUGGGUCGGGCUCCAUGCCAUCAAGAGCCAGCUCUCACACUUCAGAUUUCAACCCGAAUUCUGGUUCAGACCAAAGAGUAGUUAAUGGAGGUGUUCCCUGGCCAUCGCCUUGCCCAUCUCCUUCCUCUCGCCCACCUUCUCGCUACCAGUCAGGUCCCAACUCUCUUCCACCUCGGGCAGCCACCCCUACACGGCCGCCCUCCAGGCCCCCCUCGCGGCCAUCCAGACCCCCGUCUCACCCCUCUGCUCAUGGUUCUCCAGCUCCUGUCUCUACUAUGCCUAAACGCAUGUCUUCAGAAGGGCCUCCAAGGAUGUCCCCAAAGGCCCAGCGACACCCUCGAAAUCACAGAGUUUCCGCUGGGAGGGGUUCCAUUUCCAGUGGCCUAGAAUUUGUGUCCCAUACACCUCCAAGUGAAGCAGCUGCCCCUCCAGCAGCAAGGACCAGUCCCGCAGGGGGCACCUGGUCAUCCGUGGUCAGUGGCGUUCCAAGAUUAUCCCCCAAAACUCACAGACCCAGGUCUCCCAGACAAAACAAUAUUGGAAAUACUCCUAGUGGACCAGUUCUUGCUUCUCCCCAAGCUGGUAUUAUCCCGACUGAAGCUGUUGCUAUGCCUGUUCCAGCUGCAUCUCCUACGCCUGCCAGUCCUGCAUCCAACAGAGCUGUUACCCCAUCUAUUGAGGCUAAGGAUUCCAGGCUUCAAGAUCAGAGACAGAACUCUCCUGCAGGGAAUAAAGAAAAUGUAAAGCCUAAUGAGACAUCACCUAGCUUCUCAAAAGCUGAAAAUAAAGGUAUAUCACCAAUUGUUUCUGAGCAUAGAAAACAGAUUGAUGACUUAAAGAAAUUUAAGAAUGAUUUUAGGUUACAGCCAAGUUCUGCUUCUGAAUCUAUGGAUCAACUGCUAACCAAAAAUAGAGAGGGAGAAAAAUCAAGAGACUUGAUCAAAGACAAAAUUGAACCAAAUGCUAAGGAUUCUUUCAUUGAAAAUAGCAGCAGCAACUGCACCAGUGGCAGCAGCAAGCCAAACAGCCCCAGCAUUUCCCCCUCAAUCCUCAGUAACACGGAGCACAAGAGGGGACCUGAGGUCACAUCCCAAGGGGUUCAGACUUCCAGUCCAGGAUGUAAACAAGAGAAAGAUGAUAAAGAGGAGAAGAAAGACGCAGCUGAGCAAGUGAGGAAAUCAACAUUGAACCCCAAUGCAAAGGAGUUCAACCCUCGUUCUUUUUCUCAGCCAAAGCCUUCUACCACCCCAACUUCGCCUCGCCCUCAAGCACAACCCAGCCCGUCUAUGGUGGGCCAUCAGCAGCCAACUCCAGUUUAUACUCAGCCUGUUUGUUUUGCACCAAAUAUGAUGUACCCAGUCCCAGUGAGCCCUGGCGUGCAACCUUUAUACCCUAUACCUAUGACGCCCAUGCCAGUGAAUCAAGCCAAGACAUAUAGAGCAGGUAAAGUACCAAAUAUGCCCCAGCAGCGGCAGGACCAGCAUCAUCAGAGCACCAUGAUGCACCCGGCCUCGGCAGCAGGCCCUCCCAUUGUGGCCACCCCACCAGCUUACUCCACACAAUACGUUGCCUAUAGUCCUCAGCAGUUUCCAAAUCAGCCUCUUGUUCAGCACGUGCCACAUUAUCAGUCUCAGCACCCGCACGUCUAUAGCCCCGUAAUACAGGGCAGCGCUAGAAUGAUGGCACCAGCGGCACACGCCCAGCCUGGUUUAGUGUCCUCGUCAGCGGCUCAGUACGGGGCUCACGAGCAGACGCAUGCGAUGUACGCAUGCCCCAAAUUACCAUACAGCAAGGAGACAAGCCCUUCUUUCUACUUUGCCAUUUCCACUGGCUCCCUUGCUCAGCAGUAUGCGCACCCUAAUGCCACCCUGCACCCACAUACUCCACAUCCUCAGCCUUCAGCCACCCCCACCGGCCAGCAGCAAAGCCAACAUGGCGGAAGCCACCCAGCCCCCAGUCCUGUUCAGCCCCAUCAGCACCAAGCCGCGCAGGCGCUCCAUCUGGCCAGUCCACAGCAGCAGUCAGCCAUUUACCACGCCGGGCUUGCGCCAACCCCACCUUCCAUGACACCUGCCUCCAACACGCAGUCGCCACAGAGUAGUUUCCCAGCAGCACAACAGACCGUCUUUACAAUCCACCCUUCUCAUGUGCAGCCGGCAUACACCAACCCACCCCACAUGGCCCACGUGCCUCAGGCUCAUGUACAGUCAGGAAUGGUUCCUUCUCAUCCAACUGCCCAUGCGCCAAUGAUGCUAAUGACGACACAGCCACCCGGCGGUCCCCAGGCCGCCCUCGCUCAAAGUGCACUACAACCCAUUCCAGUCUCGACAACAGCGCAUUUCCCCUAUAUGACGCACCCUUCAGUACAAGCCCACCACCAACAGCAGUUGUAAGGCUGCCCUGGAGGAACCGAAAGGCCAAAUUCCCUCCUCCCUUCUACUGCUUCUACCAACUGGAAGCACAGAAAACUAGAAUUUCAUUUAUUUUGUUUUUUAAAACUAUAUGUUGAUUUCUUGUAACAUCUGAUAGAAUGCUAACAGUUCACUUGCAGUGGAAGAUACUUGGACCGAGUAGAGGCAUUUAGGAACUUGUGGGCUGUUCCAUAAUUCCAUGCGCUGUUUCAGUGUCCUGCAAGUACCCCAGCUCUGCUUGCUGAAACUGGAAGUUAUUUAUUUUUUAAUGACCCUCAAAAGUCAUGAACACAUCAGCUAGCAAAAGUAACAAGAGUGAUUCUUGCUGCGAUUACUGCUAAAAAAAAAAAAAUCAAGACUUGGAACGCCCUUUUACUAAACUUGACAAAAGUUCAGUAAAUUCUUACCGUCAAACUGACGGAUUAUUAUUUAUAAAUCAAGUUUGAUGAAGUGAUCACUGUCUACAGUGGUUCAACUUUUAAGUUAAGGGAAAAACUUUUACUUUGUAGAUAAUAUAAAAUAAAAACUUUAAAAAAAAUCAAAAAAUAAAAAAAGUUUUAAAAACUGAUACCCAGUUAGUGUGUGUUUGUAUAAGCUACUAGUUAAUACCAAGGCAGGAGGGCUGAGUGUGCUUUCUUAAUAUCCUGGAAGGUUAGCUGUCAAAUGAUUUUUCUUCUUCACCUUUAGUUCUGGUUCAAGGUAUCUCUAGAAAAAGACAAGACUGAGAUAUUCUCUUUGGUGGAUAGAGAUCUGCUUCAGAAGGAGGAAGGCUGGCCAGAGGUGGGCAGCGCUGAAAUCCACAUCCUCAGCCUGACACUGAUUCUAAAUGAUCAAAGGCAGAAGAUUUAUACCAGAUAAAGCCAUAUGGAUUGCUGGUCUAAAAUUCAAGGCAGGAAGGACAGUGGCUACUCAGCAGCCGGUGACUGUCCUGAGGAUGCAAUAGACAAGGAAGCCAGGCGCGCUGGCUCGGCGGGGGAACUGGUCAGGUAGGGUUUGCAUAGCUGUCUCUACAAAAAUCAUGUGUAUUGGUUCAGGCAGUACGAUGAAUAAGCAAUGGUUGGUUUAGUUUUGAAACCUGAAUCCUUUGAAAAAUUUAUCUGAGGUAAAAUGUUUAAACUCAUUGUUGACCUUGAGGCUGUCCAUCUGCCAGAGCUUAGUCAUCAGGACAAGAGUGGCCACCUGGGGUGGGGGCGCCACGGGGCGGCCACGUGCACUGACGCUACAGUGGGAAAACCACGAGAGAAUCCAGGGCCUGUUAGUGUUUUGGGCUCCCUGAUGACCCCCCUCCCCCCAAGCAGAAAGUCUGCCAUCCGCUGUGACAGUGUCAGUGAAAAAGAGAACAAGUUCCCACUGCCAGGUCUGGCCCUUACCCUGCCCCAGCCCCAAGAGGGAUGGGGACAGGCCCUAGGGACCCAGGGCAGGGGCCAGCGGCAUCUGUGCACAAGACCUGUAUCUGUAAACAAU